AGAAAUGUUGUUUAGAUUGAACUUUCAAUAAAAUGUCGAACUAUAUUUGUAUUUUAAAUUAUAUAUAAUAAAACUGUUCUCUCGUAGUAUGAUGUGCUGGAUGUGUAAUUUGUCCGUUUUGAGUGAAUACCAAUUUUAAAUUAAAAGAGAGUGAGCAAUAUGGACAAAAACUAAAAAAGAGCUGUGUGUAUUUAAAUCAUGGCAUUUAACCGAGGCUGCUUGUUAGUGUAUAAUGGUUGAGAUACAUAUAAAAUUCAAUACUAUUUGGUAUAUAGUUUUAAUUAUUUCCUCUAUAUCAACUGGUAUAAAAUCAGACGUCAGUAAAAUGUCACCUAUAAAAAAUCAUUUCGUGGAAUCUAGUCAAUCUCAUUUUACUACAAAGAACAGUACUCGUGUUAUUGCACAGAAAGGUGGUUUAGCAGUAUUACCAUGUGUCGUCAAACUAAAUUCUCCAGCAACAGUCUCAUGGAUUCGCCGUAAAGACUUCCAAUUACUAACAGUUGGGUUAUCAACCCAUAGUAGUGAUAAACGAUUUCUUGUGGAGCACACACGCCAUAUGGGGCACUGGUCGUUAAGAAUUAAAUCUGUACGUGACAGCGACCGGGGGUUAUAUGAAUGUCAGUUGUCAAUAUACCCUACCGAAUCAAUUUUUGUAGAACUGAAAGUUGUUGAAGCUGUCGCUGAGAUUGUAGGUGCUCCAGAUUUGCACAUUGAUGAAGGAUCCUCUCUUCGGUUAGAGUGUAGACUUAAGAAAGCCACAGAAAAUCCUGCUUUUGUUUUCUGGUAUCAUAACAACAAAAUGGUUAAUUACGAUGCACAAGAGGGUUUUUCGGUUACUUCGGCUGCGGUGAUGGAUACUGCUAUAACAGAAGGAUCGCAAAAUUCAGAAAACUCCUUAACUCUAUCAAACAAAAAACUUAACAGUGAACGUAUUGAAAACAAAGAUAAAGAACAUUUUACUAACAAAUCAAUAACGUCAGCAUCUAAAUCCCAGUUAUCUCCAUAUUUGUUGUCGCCUACAUCCAGUAUAUUGACUUUAGAGGUAGUUCAUUUUCAUCAUGCAGGUAAUUAUACUUGUGCUCCUUCGAAUGCCAGAGCAGUUAGCAUCACUGUGCACGUUCUACGAGGUGAAACUCCAGCUGCAAUGCAACAUGCCAAUCACAGUAAUUUUGACAAUGACAACAAUAAUAGCAGUAUCAGUGGACCGAAAUUUCCUAAUAGUGGAAGUAGCAGUUACCCUAAUUUCUUUAUCAUAGCAAUACCUAUUGUGAAAAUUAUGUAUUACUAUUCCAUAAAUUUUGAAUAUAAAAAUAAAGUAUUGUUUUAUAUUAUUAAGUCAAUUAUAAUAUUGUUACGUAAUUUAAAGUGUUAAAGAAAUAAAUAAGAA